AUGAAACGCAAGCCGCUGGAAGUUGAGCCUUUAAAUACAAUGGAGACAGCAGUGAACUCCAUAGUAGACUCUUCUGAGUACGUCAAUGGAUCGUACUCGUCUUUUGACGAAACAAGAGCUACCAAUUACAGCGGGAUGCAGAGCAGCCCAGAGCUGGACAAUACAGACGAGUAUCCUCAUUUGAGACGCAAAGACAGUAAAAAGAGACACAGCCGCAUGUCGAACUAUCUUAAAAGCAAGGAGCCAGUUAACAAAAUGGAAAUUUCAAACACAGGGGAAAAGGAACCUCUCCCGAUACAACAGCUAUUCCAACAGGAAUUUGAGGACAUAGACAAUCAAGAAAACACAUUUUUAGUGAACAAGGACGGCUUUUCAGAGAAAUCGCAAAAAAAGGGACUCAGGAGGUCCCUUUCCAAGCUGUUUAGUAAAAAGGAUAAAGUGAAGACGGAAGGAAACAAAUUUGUACGAGACUUUUCAGACAAAAGCAAGCCUGACCCGGUUCCUAAUUUUAACUUCCGGUCACUGAGGCUCAAUGAUACACUGCACAGUAUGAACAAGAGACCAGAAUCGCCUAAUCUUGCAAAUGUGGCUGUCUUCCCUGCGGUCUCCAAAAUUAUGUGCUCGUUUGGGGUGGAAUCGGAAACAAGCACCCAAUUCGAAGUGUUUGAGCUCCAGAAGGCAACAAAGAUGCACCUGAAUUCUGUGUGGAAUGUGUGGGGAGAGUUUGUUUCCACAAGCAACGAGGAUGCCAAGCUCCGCAAUAGGGUCAUAGACAAGGUGUGGAAAGCAAAACAGCUCAACAAGCUGGCCAACAGGUGCAGCGAGCUGUUUCUAAGCGCUCCGCAGUGCGGAACAUCUGAAGAGAACCGUAUUCAUAUUUUCAAGUUCGGCCUAUCUCCACGCUACAGAAAAGAGCCACUACUCUACAACAGCGGGCGUGUCGUGAUCCGUAUCCCCUCAGAAAAAGUCGAAAAAGUGUGGAGGUCAAUCCUGGAUAUUGUUCUGAAAGAGCAACUUCUUUGGAGCAAGCUAGACAACAACGUCGUGGGAAUUACUUGGAAGAGGGCCCCUAGCAGACACGAAUACAGCCUUAUUUUGUGGCUCACAAAGGAAGGCUACGACCACGAUAGCGUUUCUGCGCUUAUGAAUGAGGUGAUGCUCCUUUCACCAGAUGAGUUGAAGCCGCUAUUCACAUACUCAAAAUACUAUGUCAAUGCGGACCACACCUACCACGCGAUAGAUCUGAACGAAAAAAAUUAG